GCGAAGGGCAAAGCGAAGAGCAACAAGAAGGGGGCCGGUGGCACCGACAACCCAGUUGCCACCUGGGACGUGCGGAAGGCAAAGCUAUCGACCCUCGAGAAGUUGCCCUUCCCCGUGGUGCACCGGGGCGAGACACGGCGACUGUUUGAAACUGCCCUUUUGGCAAAGGCUGGUGCCUACGCAAAGCUGGAAGUGCAGCUGAAGGGCCACGAGGCGUCCAAAAAGGCCAUGGACGAGCUCACCAGCGCUAAGGAUGCCAUGGAGUUAGCCUGGCAGGCAGAUUCCCCGUGA